AUGGGCCUGAAGGCAUACAGCAACGCCCGGAAAGUCGAUUGCAGUGCGAAAGCGGCCAUGAGCGACCAAAUAGGCAAUUACACGGGGUCUUGUCCCUUUCAGGACUUGCUGCCCGUGGAGAUCCGGAUCCACAUCUACGAGUACAUCCUCUUUGAGAACGGCAACUUCUUCAGCCUCGACGACGAGGAGGGCAGGUCUGUACCAACGCUUUUUCCCAAGCUGAGGUCACCACCAAAGAAGAGGUGCCGCCUGCACGAGGCCGAGAGACCCCAUGCCGCGGGCAGCCAGGACAAUGGCAGCGGCAACAUCAUGUCACUGCUGCUUACGAGCAAGAAGAUCUACCACGAGGCCUCAAGCCUGCUGUACUCGUCGUCCUUCUUCCGGCUGCGCGGGAUCCACCCCACCAUCCAGUUCAUCAACACCGUAUCGCCGGCGCACCUGGCGCUGGUGCGGUCGCUGAAGCUGGUGUGGGACGACCAAGGGUGGACAGAUGCGCCCGAGUUCGACACGCUGACGCUGCGGUCAGCGUGGCCGUCGCUGUGCGACGCGCUGGCCACGCAGUUCCCGUCCAUCCGCAACCUGUACGUGGCCCUGGGGAUGCCCAGCAACGAGGCGCACGUCGAGGAGCUGUACCUGGGCGCGCUACGGCGGGUGCGGCACGUGCCCAACUUCAAGGUGUGCAUCCCCGUGGGGUUCCUCGAGAGGUUUGAGGGCCUGGACCAGCGGCUGGAGGCGAGGGAAAGGGGCCGACACUACGAUGGGGAUGGUCACGAUCACGAUGACGCCGACGAUGACGCCGACGACGACGCCGACAGAGCCCCCUUCACGCUGUGCAGACACACGGCGGGCGAGGUGUGCCCCAGCCGCAAGGAGGUCGUGCAGGCAGAGUGGUUAGGGUCGAGCAGGCCUGCAACGCCCGGGCUCAAGGUGCAGUACCCCAACGUGCCCGGGCUGGAGCCGUGGGCAGACGGCGAGUGGUCGACCGAGAAGGACGACGUGCUGGGCGAGGCCAUGCUGGCUGGUGACGGGCUGGGAGGCGCUCCGUGGCCCCAGGGUGGUCAAGCUUUUGCCCAGACGUCAUGA